AUGCUGGAGCAGCCUGCUGCAGCAAGUGACUUUCUGGGGCCCCCCAGCACAGAGGAUGUUGCAGAGGGGCCCCCAGAAACAGCAGAAAGAUGUAGAAGGGCCUCUUGUUUAGAUACAAAUGAAAUGACGGACACGGGAGACAACGAUACCGAAGACAACCAGGGCCCCUCUCCCCCUUCUCUCUCCCCAAGAAAAAGCAAAAGACUAGCGAGAAAGAGACCCAGGGUAUGCAGAAAGAGAAUCAAGCAGGAACAGCAGCAGCAGCAGCAGCAGCAGCAAACUGACUUGGGAUCCUUAUCAGACCCGCAGCCGCAAGCAGCAGCAGCAGCAACAGCAGCAGCAGCAGCAGCAGCUGCUGCUGCUGCAGCGGGUGGUGGUGGGGGUGGUGCUGCUGCUGCUGCUGGGGGUGCUGGCGGGGGUAUACCCUACAGCAGCCAGCAGCAGCUCCUCCUCCGUCUUUAUAUAAUUCCUAUACGCUGCAGCCGCAGCAGCUGCUGCCUUCCUCAGCAGCAGCAGCAGCAGCAGCAGCAGCAGGCAGCAGCAGCAGCAGCAGCAGCAGCAGGGCCCCCACCUCUCUCAGGGCCCUCUGAACUCUCUCCUCUGCAGCAAACUAUAGAGCCGCGUUUGCUGCCUUUCACAGACCCUGUGGGGGCCCCGGGGGCCCCCGAGGCCCCUGGGGGCCCCCCGCCCCCUGUGGGCCCCCCAGCUUCUGUGGGGGCCCCUGGGCCUCGAUACCCCCCACAGCAGCAGCAGCAGCAGCAACAGCAGCAGCAGCAGCAGGGAGAUGCAUGCAUGACAAGGGGCCCCUGGUUGCCUAGCCUUGAGGCCCCUGCUGAACACCAAGCUGGCUCCCUGUCUGAUGGCGGAGGUGGAGAGAGCGUGGUGGGUAGCGAAGCAGCAGCAGCAGCAGCAGCAGCAGCAGCAGCAGCAGAUGCAGCAGCAGCAGAUGCAGCAGCAGAUGCAACAACCGCAGCAACUCCAACGCAGCAGCAGCAGCAGAUGCAGCAGCAGCAGAUGCAGCAGCAGAUGCAACAACCGCAGCAACUCCAACAGCAACAACUGCAACAGACACAACAAACGCAGCUGCAGCAGCAACAACUGCAGCAGCAACAGCUGCAGCAACAGAUGCAGCAACAGCAGCUGCAGCACCCACAGCAGCAGCCUCAGCAGCAGCAACAGCAACAGCAACAGGACGACGACCGCCAGCAGCAGCAGAAGCAGCAGCAGCAACAGCAGCAGCAGCAGCAGCAGCAGCAAACCCUAGACAGCAAUGAACUCCAAGAAACAGACAAACAAAUUAAAAAAGAAAACAAACAAGACAUCAGCCCCACCAGCAUGCAAACGCAUGCAGCAGCUCCCCCACCUAUGGGAGAAGCAGAUGCAGCAGCAGCAGCAGCAGCGGGCGCAGCAGGAGCAGCAGCAGCAGCAGCAGGAGCAGCAGCAACAGCAACAGCACCAUCUGCUGCUGCAGCAGCUCCUGCUUCUCCUCCCGCUGCUGCUGCCUGUGGCCCUUUAGGGGGUUAUACAGCAGCAAACAGUUUUGUUUUGGUGAGGAAGCAGCAGUUGCAGCAGCAGCAGCUGCAGCAACAGCAGCUGCAGCAACAGCAGUUACAACACCAACAGCUGCAGCAGCAACAACUCCAAAGACAUCAGCAUCUGCAGGAGAUGCAGCAACUGCAGCAGCAGCAGCUGCAGCAUCAGCAGCAACUGCAGCAGCAGCAGCAGCUGCAGCAGCAACUCCAGCAGCAACAACAGUUGCAGCAUCAGCAGCAACUACAGCAGCAGCAGCAACUACAGCAGCAGCAACUGCAACAUCAGCAGCAACUACAACAGCAGCAGCAGCAAAUGCAGCAACAGCAGCAACAACUGCAGCAUCAGCAGCAACUGCAGCAUCAGCAGCAACAACAGCAGCAACAACUCCAUCACCAGCAGCAACUCCAGCAUCAUCAACUCCAGCAACAGCAACAGCAGCAACAACAGCAGCAGCAACAGCAGCAGCAACAGCAGCAACAGCAGCAGCAGCAGAGAAGGAUAAGGCCCCAGGACUGCCUUGGGGGCCCCCCCUCCCUUCGCUAUGCCCCCACACCUAUCCUAAAUUUGUCUUCUCCUAAAAUACAAACAGAAACCCAAUCCGACUCAGUACCCUUAUUACCUCUUCCUCCUCAGGGGCCCCCAAGGGGCCCCUCAGCCUGA